UUUGGCAGUUGCAGAAAUGCGGACGGAGUGGAAUUCUACAAUGAGAUCAACCUGUACGCCAGGGUGAACGCCAAGGACUCGCAGGACAAGCGCUCUGACCGCUCCAUCACAUGCUUCAUGAGGAAGUGGAAGGAGAAAGUGGCCUGGCCACGCAUCACCAAGGAGAACAUCAAGGUGCAUGGCGCCCAGCAGCCAGGACUACUCACACCUUGGAGCCAUCUCCCCUGUGCAGCCUCAGCACGCAUACUGUGCCCACACGGUGCUUCCGUUUCCCUGCAUCCAGCAGAACUCAAGGCUGUUGCUUGCGCUUCUCUUUCAGGGCAACAUCUCAUCACUGCCAUUGCAGAACUGAUGUUUGGAUUCAGGACAACUUCAUGGGAGCUGGGUCGUCAGCGAAGUGUCAUUGAGCUGGACACUCCCUCGAUGACAGCAGAGCAAGUAGAGGCCCUGGAGAGGAGUGUGAAUGAGAAAAUCCGUGAGCGGGUACCCGUGACAGUGAGGGAACUGGCUGCAGAUGACCCUGAGGUUGAAAAAGUGAGAAGCCGGGGUUUGCCAGAUGACCACGCUGGGCCGGUGCGAGUUAUAAGCAUCGAAGGCAUAGACUCCAACAUGUGCUGUGGGACUCAUGUCUCUAACCUGAGUGACUUGCAGGUUAUUAAACUCCUUGGCACAGAAAAAGGGAAAAAGAACAAAACGAACUUGGUUUUCCUGGCAGGAAAUAGAGUGCUGAAGUCUAUCGAACAAAGUUACAACACUGAGAAGGCUCUAACCUCGCUGCUCAAAAAUGGACCAGGUGAGCACGUAGAGGCUGUGAAGAGGUUGCAGAGUUCUGUGAAACUGCUUCAGAAGAAUAACUUGAACCUGCUUAGAGACAUUGCUGUUUUGAUAGCCCGGGACUUCAAAAGCAAACCUAUUCAAAGUGAGCUGUUUGUGUUACACAGGAAAGAGGGUGACUCUGAAUUCAUGAACAUCAUUGCUAAUGAGAUUGGGACAGAGGAAACCCUGCUAUUCCUGACUGUGGGAGAUGAAAAAGAAGCAGGACUCUUUCUUCUGGCUGGGCCUGUUGAAGCAGUUGAGAAUUUAGGUCCCAGGGUGGCAGAGCUGCUGGGAGGCAAAGGAGCUGGGAAGCGAGGCCGCUUUCAGGGCAAGGCAACCAAGAUGAGUCGGCGAGGAGAAGUGCAAGCUCUGCUCCAGGAAUUCAUCAGCCAUCAAAGCCCUGAAGCAUAAGAAAUGAUUCUCAAAAUAGGGCUGUCUUCCCUGCUCUGCGUAAUCUCCACCAACUUCCCUCCCAGAGAAUAAGGACAUAAAAAUAACAGCUGUGGUGUGUAUACACUCUGUGUGAGCAGAUUUGGUGGUCAUGGAAAGCUGGAGAGGUGGUGGUGGGGGGUCUGCUGGCCACUAUUUCCUCUGGCCUAUGAUGCUGCAAGGUUUUUCUUUCAUUUCCCCAGACAAGUAGUAAUAUUCUUAAGUGAUUAAAAGUAGUCACUAUUUAAUUAUUUUGUGGGGUUAUUACAAACCGAUAGAGGGUCCCUCCUGUUUGCAGUGUACUGUGGCUUUUACUUUACGCCAGUUGCUGAGGAGUAAUUGCUUUUUGAGCAUAUUUAUUCAUAAUAAGCUGGACGCAUCUAAAACAAUCAGAAUACUGUGAAGAAGCAGGGCGUUGAACAGGAGAUUCACCGACGGCUGUGGAGAAAAUCAAUCAAGCUUUUGCUGCUGAAAUUUUGUAGGGAGAAGAAGGAAUGAAAUAUGACAGGAAUUAGAGGGUUGCUGAAAUCUGGACAUCCCCCUUAAAAGAUCAAACUAAGCUUUUCACCAGUUACAGCUGCCUACUGUCACUUCCUCAGAGAUGAAACUGGAAGGCAAGAUGACAAGAUGCUGUAGUUAAACCUGUCAGCGAGGAAGGGAAGUAGCAGCAGUUCUGUGCAUGACAACUCAUGUUUUUUUGAAUGGACUUAUUUUUUUCCUGUUUACUCAGAAAUCUCUGCAGCUGCUGGAGGACUGAACAUGUUUGUGCUGAUGCUAUUGCUAGCACCCCUCACUGCUGGUUAAUACGCAGCCUGCUGCCCUCUGGACUCAAUGGUUCCCUUUGGCAGCAAGCUAUUGACUCAGCUGGGAAGCUGAUGCAAGCGGUUGGAAGGUAACACUUGACUUCAUGCUUGCAUCUUAAAACACUACUUCAGUACGUUAUUGCAGAUUUCAUUCAUUUGUAGGUGGCCCUGGCAGAACCACAUUAACGCAUACAUGCUAACUCUUUGUACAUGACAAUUGAAUGCAGAUAGAAGACACCUCCUAGUGCUUUGUUUUGCAGGCAGCUGCACAGCAGGCAUUUCUUGUAGGUGUGUGCCUAAACAUUUCCUUCACUUCUGCUGCCAUGAGCUUGAGCUUUCUGUACCAUUCUCUACUCCCAAGCAGUGGCUUUGCCCCCACCUCUGCAAAAGCCUCUUAUGUUAGACUUUUCUACACAGUAAGAAAUGUCUAUGGAAAAGAAGCCCGUAGGAUUAAUAAAAAAAAACCCUACUCCA